AUGGGUACGGAAGGGCAAGGUAGCACGUCGGCGACACCCACGUCUGCAACAGCGACGGAACCCAAAGAGGAGGAGGGCGUCAAGGGUGACAAGACUGCUGUUGUGUCGGGGGAGGUCUGCGAGAGCAUCAAGAAGGGCAUGCGGAUAAUCAGCGACAUAGAGAAGACGCGCGCGGACGGCAUGGUAUUUAAAUUUGAGCUGGAUCUCAUGUAUGCGCUGGCAGGAGAGAAGGCCACCGCACGCGCUCCGCCGGGGCUAUGCUUGGCGAGUUGUCAACGUGCUGCGUGCAACAAGACGGAGGAGCCCACGGGGCGUCCGUUUUGCUGCUGCUCCAAGUGCGGCGCCAAGUACUGCAGCCGGGAGUGUCAGGUGAUCGACUGGAAGAAGGAUCACAAGGCCAUGUGCGGCCAGCUGAAGGAGAUGCGAGGCGGGGACGCGGGGGGUGGCCGGGCGCCGCUCGACAGACAGAGCGUGGUGGCGAGGGUUCUCGGGCGGGUGCGGCUCUACCUGUGUCCGUUCGCGGUGUGCCACGGGGAGGCGCUCGGUAGAGGCUUCGUUUUCGUACAGACACCGAACCCCGUGCUGGAGCUGGAGUACUUGCGACCCGUCAACAGCAACGGGCGCAGGCUUGACCGCAGCAUCAUCCUCCACUUCCUGAGCAUGGGAGAGUUCGUGGACGCCGUUCUGCAGGACGACUUUGAACUCGGGGUGAUCAGAAGUCCCCUCGAGGCCGCCGUGGAGUCUUACGACACCAAGGCCGAGAUGGUGGUGCUGUUCAGGGCCCGCUGCGGCUACAUGGCGGUCGUGGUCGUGCCGCUCGUGCCGGGGUGGGCCGUGUGCCGCCAGCUGGGGCUGGAGUACAAGGAAAAGGACGCGCUGCAGCUCAAUCUCGACGACACAGAUUGA